AUGGGUACAUCGUCACCGCUGCCCCCGCCGCCGCCUCUGCCGUCGCUGUUGCGACUGCUGCUGCUGCUGGAGCUCUUGCUGGCUGCAACGGCAUGGUCAGCGGAGAUAUGCAAGCCAGUGGAUGGCCAGUGCGAGGGUCCGCCUCUGCCAGGCACCUUCUUCAUCUCUCGUAACAACACACAAGUACUGGCUGCCCUCGGAGAUGACGUCCGCCUGCCUUGUCAGAUUCGAGGGGCCAUGACGCACAAGGUAUGCUGGUUCCGCAAAUCGUCUCGGCGUCUGCUAACGGUCCAGGAUAAGAGCUUCACGCAGGAUGAGAGGGUCUACACGGACUUCAACACGUUCACAGACACUUGGACACUGCACAUUCGCAACGUGACGGCCGGCGACUCGGGUGUUUACGCGUGCCAGCUGUCGGCCCACCCAUGGGAUCAGCUCCAGGUUCGCCUGAAGGUGGCAGACCCGAAAAACACCAGACGAAAGAAAGAGGCCAUUGUGCUGGUGAAGGACUACAACGAGCCCGGUUUCCGCCUGCCGAACGCUGAGCUGUGCCCGGGCAGCGGGAAUGACGUCAAGCUGGUGAUCAUGGUGCAGAGCGCGCCGGCGCACACGAACAUCCGCAGCGUCAUCCGACACACGUGGGCGCGGCCGGCCAUCUCACGCGACGACAUCGUGCUAGCGUUCGUGGUGGCCGCCGUCGGAGACACGGUCGAGCAGCGCAACAUCGACUACGAACAGUCACUGUACGGCGACCUCGUGCAGGCCAACUUCGUCGACCACUAUAACAACCUGACGCUGAAGACGCUGGCCAGCCUCGAGUGGGUCGACAAGUACUGCCCGGACGCGCUGUUCACGCUCAAGGUCGACGACGACGUCUUUCUCAACGUGAACAACCUGAUGAAGUUCGUCGAGCAGCACCACCAGCAGCGGCGCACCAUCUUCGGGAACGUCGUGUUCAACCCGAAGCCGGAUCGUAACAAGGAGUCGCGCUACUACGUCAGCCCCAAGAUCUGGGACAAGACCAAGUACCCGCGCUACACAGGCGGGCCGCUCUACCUGAUCAGCGGGGACAGCGUGCGCGGCCUCCGACAGCGCGUGCUGGAGCGCCCCUACUUCUUUAUCGAGGACGUGCUCGUGACGGGCAUCGGCGCUAAGCUGGCCGGCGUGCGGCGGCUGCGCGCGCCCGAGUUCUUCACCUACAGCGUGCCCACCUCCGACACAUGCCUGCUACGCAUGCUGGUGGGCGCCCACCAGAUCCCUAGCAAGGAGCUGCCGGACAUCUGGACGCGGCUGAACGACCGCACCAUCCCGUGUCCGCACACGUACGCGCCGGACCUCUGGAAGCCAUGCAUUAACCUCAAGGCGCAGGAGAGCCUGAAGCACUGCGUGCUCUCGCUGUUCUCAACGUCCAAGAGCAAGUGAUGCGGUGGCUAGCGCGCGUGCUGCUGAGUAUGGGGGCGAAGAGUCCAUUGCAGCUACUGAAGUGUCCGACCACGACUGUUCAGAACACGAGCUGUUCAUGCCGUUUUAAAUUGUUGGUUUGUUAUUUCCCUUUUCGUCAUGGCGUUGAUUCGUAAUACUGCAACUUAUCUGGUGCUAUGUGAUACAGCACUUGCAUUCCUUUGAUUUCUGCUCAUCAGUGAUUCCUAGAUCAGGGCUUUCCACAGGUGUUCGGUAGCUUUGUGUAAACUUAGCACUGUCGUAUGCUCGUCUUGUAUGCUCGUCGUCUGUUGCACAUGCUCGCCUUGGUCAUGUUCGUGUGGUACGGUGUUCCACGUGUUUAGCGUAUUGCAUAAUGCUUUCCCCCGGCAAAUAUGUCCUAAUGGGACAUGUUUACCCUCGCUGGUGUGAGGCAUUAUAAUCAUAUCGUUAGUUUUAAGGCAAUCCGCGAUAUAAGGUGCAAAGAAACAUAUUAAAUUGCUACGCCUAUCCGUGAUCACUGAUCCUCCAAGAAUUACCCACUUGUAACAUCCGUUAUAAUUACCCCCACUCAAACGGUAAGGGAAUGCGCGGCAAGGCCGAGCGUAGGGCAACUGCGUUCGCUCGGCUUCCAAAAGGGACACAAUUUGGCCGGCGAAUGCGAGGGCAGGGGGAGGGGUAGACCCUCACGAGACUGGAGUGGCUCGCCCCAGCGCGUCCAACACUCGGCACCGGCCGAGGCCAGGCUAAGAAUGCGGCCGCGUGACCCGUGCAGCGGGGGAAGUGCACUGGCCGUGUCGGAACCCAGAUUCCAUCGCCGCCGAUAUGACGUGGGGCAUGACUACUGUUGAGGCACUGCACCAUGCCUAGGCAUAAAGCAGAGCGUCGACUGCGCGCGUAGUAUGUACAUGACCAUUAUGGCUGGCCGCGUGUAUUCGGCGUUGCAGGCCUGCUGCGCAGCCCGCCUAAAGCUAGAUUUCAAUGGGGGCCAUCAUCAGAUGAUACUUAAUCUCUGGGGUCCUCGUAUUGUUUGUCAGGGCUACCCGUCCAAAGCUCUCUGAGAUGUUGAAUUGACCUCAGGAUUCCAGCGAUUACAGCUAAUGAAAAUAAUUUUUACUAUUUAAUGGCUAUAUCAGGCUAGCUUAUGGCACCGUCACGAUGGCUGAGCUGUCAACUUUAACGCUGGGUGCUUUACUCAACUUUGUUUGCCAUUGGGCGGGGCGUUGAAAAGCAAGCAGAUGCAGUGACUAUUUCAGAAGCGAGCGGGAUGCAACGUGGAUGAUCUUAUAGUAUCAUUGAGCUAUCCUGUAUUGAUAACUUCUUAACUAUCGCUCUCUUCUCUUUGAGUGAUGACAUUUUCUUCGUUUGACGUUCUCUCCAGCUGCCAAUGACUGCCUCCAGCCAGAAGGUCAAAGCUUUCCAAGGUGGAGACAUGCGGUGACCAAGAAUUCACAACAUGGUUGCACACAGACCGGCAUGAUGUGCGGUUGUCUAUUUUGUCUGGGAGUUACUGAAACACGCUCUUGACUUCA